AUGAGUAGGGAGGGAAUCUCACUCUCUACUUUGCUUAUCACAAUUUGUGCCUCAACACACUACAGCGACUACCGACGGAACCUUAAGAAUGAUCUAGGACAACAUCCCGAUCUCAAGGAAUGGAUUCUAGAUAUUGUACAGUCGAUGUAUGAGAAAGAAAUGCAAGACCUUUCAGAUAAGGCUGCUGGGCUUCAUAUGAGCAUCUCUAGGAUGCGAGCAGAACAGCUUGAGGCCAGCCGGAUCAGCAUGCUGAAGGUUACUUUCCAACAGAAGGCACCGAUCUUAUGGAAAGCCAUACAUCAGCUACUAAACACCGAUGGAAAACAGCGCAGACAGAGAAAAUAUGGAAUUACCAGGGAUGCCAUGGUGACAACUGAAGUAGGGGGAGAACUUGAGGAGCAAUUUGGGGACAAUGACCACAAGCGCUGCAAUACUGCGGCCAAGGACUUACCCUUAACAGAAGACCACCAUCAUCCUUUCCAUCUUGAUCCACAGCUCCAAUGA